CGUUUUCAGUCAGUUGUGAAUCCGUUGUCGGUGGAAGAAGGGUGUUUGAUUGUCGAUUCUGGGUACCCUGUCGAUCGAUAAAAUUGUUGGUGGUGGUGAUCAGAAAACCGUCAAAAUUCGGGUCAAAAACAGAGAUCCCAUCCCUGUUUACCAGAUGGAACAUCCAGAAAUAGAAGAGGACGGCCGUAUGUCGGGUACAGACGAGCGCGUCUCUGACAUGGAACAAGAGGACAGUCUGGGUUUGAUGGGCGGCCGCGACAGCCCACUGAAGCCCGUCGGAGGCGCUUUGGAGGGCGAGGACAUUCUAGCCAAACUUCGCCAGCAAGUAUCUGCUGCGUCCUUGUUCACGCACGCCCGCGAGAGCGUCCUGAGCGGCUCGUCGCCUCCUCGCACCGGUUCCCCAAAUCACAUAAACAACAACAAUAAUAAUAGUCAUAAUCUAUACGAUAGAUUGCACACCCUCCUGCAGGCUAAAAUGAAGAGAGAGGAGGAGGGUGAGGGUGACGAGGACUCGCGAGACCUGGUGCUGCGGGCGGAGGCAUUGCAGCGACAGAGGGAGACGCUCCUGUCGUCACCGCAGACGCUCAUGAAUGCCAUGCGGGGGGGCGGGCCGCCCUCCUUAGUGCCACCGGGACCCCACCUGCCCUUCAUCCCUAGCACGGUCGGCCUUCCGCCCACCUCACAGAUGCCUCCCACGCCCGGGUCCGCAGGCUCUCGGGACUCCUCUGGGAACGGUACCCGAACGCCCUCACACACCCCCGAGCCACACCAGAGUCAGCAGUCCUGGAGCUUCGAGGAGCAGUUCAAACAGGUAGCGUACCCUGCCCCUGAACGUUUCUGGUCCCCGGCAAGUGAAGUACGAGAACCAACGAAGCACUCGUCGUUUGAAGAAGACAAGAGAAAGUUGUAUGAACUCAGCGAUGACCAGAAAAGAAAGGACUUUUUGGACGAUCUCUUCUCCUUCAUGCAAAAGAGAGGCACCCCCAUCAACCGGCUGCCUAUCAUGGCCAAACAAGUCCUAGACUUGUUCGAAUUGUACAACUUGGUCGUGACACGGGGCGGGCUUGUCGACGUCAUCAAUAAGAAACUUUGGCAGGAAAUCAUCAAAGGUCUGAAGCUUCCUUCGUCCAUCACGAGCGCCGCCUUCACUCUCAGAACGCAGUACAUGAAGUACUUGUACCCGUACGAGUGCGAGAAGAUGAAGUUGUCGAAUCCAGCAGAGCUCCAGUGCGCCAUCGACGGCAACCGAAGGGAAGGUCGACGGUCUUCCUACGGCACCUACGGGGACUCAGGUCAACCUCCACUCCUCCCUCUGCAGAAUCUUCAGUCGCUACAGAAUUUACAGAAUCUUCAGAAUCCUCUCAGUUUGGUGCCUCGGCCGCAGCUGAAUGGCAAUGGUACUACACAUCCUUUGGCUCCACAGGACUACCUCUUAGGUCGUGGCGGAUCCCCCCCUGGAUCUCAAGAGGCGCUCCUCGAGGCGACGAGGUUAACCAUGUGGAAGUUGUACAACCAAGGGCUUGGAGGCGGCGGCUUCCAGCAUGAGGACGACUUGCCGAAACUCCCUCCUCCUCACCAUCCCCUGGCAGGAGUCCCAUUCCCUCCUCAGAAGGAAGCUCUUAACCUCGACGUUAAGGACGAUGAAGUGCCGCCCCUUCUUGAUAACCGAGGAUAUCAGGCCUUCUGCUUGCAGCGGCCCGGAGGAGGAGGUGGUGGAGGGCGCGUCAAAGAGAACAACGACCUCCGCAACGACCUCCGCAACGACGCCAGGAACGACCUCCGCGGGAGGUUGGAGGAGAGUUCCAUUCCUCCGGCACCCAAGCGCCAGGCCCAACAGGAAGACAAUAUUCAUGACCCUCGCCUACCACCACCCACUACGCCUGGCCCGCCGGGACAAGCAGGCGGAGCUAAUAUUAAGAUUACGUCUAGGGGCGAUGGCAGGAAUGGCGACCAGAGUUUGGUGGUCAGUAUGGAAAUAAAUGGAAUCUUAUAUCAGGGAGUACUCUUCGCCCAGGCCCCGAGGGCACGUUUCAGCUAAAAUGUAAGACCUCCGUGAUCCCACAAGUUCUUCUUGUGUUCGGCUUCUGUAUUAUUUGACGGCAGGAGGUAUGGCUGUCUUCGGAAUACUGAGGAGGAAGAGAUAAGGGAAGAGUAGUGACUAGUGAGUGAGCUCCUCUUCGUGCGCCGCACCGACACCAACCUUCGCACAUCGAUUUCAUCCCAAGCCUCAGCGGACCACGAGAAGCCCUUCGUUGCUUCUCUCCUCCGUCUUUUGAAGAGAGGUCGAUAAGAGAAGUUUAGAAUGGCAUACGGCGGAGAGAGAGAGCGAGAGACAAAGGGAGAGAGAGAGAGCUAGAGAGAGAGAGUGAGUGCGGCGUCACUCAUGAUAAUCACAGUGCCCUCCUUUGCAGAAUGUGAUGAGAUGAGCGUUUCUCCUGAAACGCAGCCGCGAAUCCCUUGCGAGGGAGGGAGGGUCUUCUGUUUAGAACUGGGUGGAGAAGUGACCCUCCCUGUGUUCCAAGAGAAACAAACUGUAUUGAAGUCAUAGUGUUGAUGAACUAAGUACUGUAUGCAUAAAACCCUGAAUCAGGGUUCAUUGUAUUUAUUUGUGUAAUUAUAGUUAUUAUUAUUAUUAUUAUAAUAUUCUUACGGUGGUGAUGAUGAUGAUGAUACUUGUACAGUAUUGUUCUACAUGAGAACAAAUGACAUAUUUCUCUUUACUUUGUUGUUCGGUCAGUUUGUAAUAAUAUGAUGAUUAUGCCACCCCAUGUGGUGAUCUCAUGAACGUAGAAAUAAUACUCACUAAUUCAUUACUGGGUGGUAACCGUUGGCAGAAGUUUGACAUAACGAGGAAAGAAGAGGCCUUAGUGAAGGCUGUGGCUCUGCUGCUACGCGUCUCCUAAGUCUAAUCACGCCCCCUUCCUCACCUUAAGAGAUACCGCUCGUAUCGUAUACUUAGAUGGAGGAAUGUUGGGUUGUGUUGUGUGCUACUGUUUGGUCGACAUUCUCACCGUGUUGCGUGGAGCAGCAGAUUCCUCCUCCUCCUCCUCCGCCUCCUCCUCCUCCUCCUCCUCCUUCUGCGAGAGACAGCGCUUCGAGUGUGAGCGAGAGGAGGAAGCACUGCAGCUUGAUGGUACCGUGCCCUUGGCAGCCCUGACCAUCCACCUGCAGACAGGAUGAUCAUAGGACCAAGUCAGCAGGACCUCGACACCCCCCAGUCAGCCCAUCCUUCCUUCCUUCCUUCCUUCCCUCGUGCCCUCGCGGGCCUUCUUCCCAAUACCCCACUGAGUGGAGACACCUGCCAAAGUAGCCAAUUCAGCUCACUUUUGAGUCUGCAUUUGUUAAUUGUUUCUGUUUGUAUUGUUUUUGGUUGACAGUUGUUGUUAGUUUAGAAAUAUCAAUAAUGAUAGUGACAAUGACAUUGUUAUUAUUAUUGUCAGACGAAAAAUCAUUUUGAGAUUGAGCAAAGGUGAAAGGUUCCUACAGUCCCCUGCCAACAAAGCCACGUCGCAUUGGACACCGGUGGAUGGCUCCUGACGGCGAUGCCACCACAAAAGCUGAGUUACCCAAGUCCUGCACUGUUCAUUGGAAAGCUGAAUCACGAAUAACACUUGACUGCAAUCGUCAUGACUGGCCACUUCAUUUAUUUAUUCGGUUUAUUUAAUUUUGUGAUAAAUAUCCAUCUGAAGUGACAAGUGCAAUAUUGCCAGCUAGAAGGGAAGAUCUCACGUUGUUUUUAUUUUAUUUUCUGAAGAAUAUUCUUCGUACCUGAAUUAAUUCUGAAUUCCAGGUUAUACAUUUAUGGUUUUGUGUGCGUCCUGUUGUCAUAUGAAAAGGAGAAAACAAAACAAAAAAAAAAAGAUGAAAAAAGAGCAGCUGUCCAGUAACUUAUGUCCCAUUCAAAGUAGUGCUUUUUUGUAUUGCUUUCAUAUUUUGGAUAUUGGUGGCAUAAUAUUUUUGUUAGGAUAUAAAUUUACAGUUAGUUAGUCAUUGGUUAGGUUAGUUUUGUUUAUGUGUAUGUCGGUAAGUGGCGUAGUGGUGAGUGUGAGCGCACAUGAUAGAGAAAAAGAGAAAGAACUUGUCAACGUUGUCAUCCCUCUGUAAAAAAGAGAGAGAGAAAGAGAGAGAGAAUCGGUAAAUGUGCGUAUGUAUGAAGUGCCAAACCCCGUCGCGGAAGAUAAAAAAAAAAGAAAGAAGAAGAAGAAAAAGGAGGAUUCCACUUGAGGUGGAGGAUGACAUCAGUUGGUGCUGGUGGCCGAGAGAAAUGCGGGGUUCUUUGGUGCAGGUGCGUGUGUGUUGUAGCAGUUUACUCAGGGAUCUUCAUUUGUGCUGACGGCCUGCGGCUGCUGCUGCUGAUGCUGCUGCUGCCUGUGAUGUUGGAUGAUCGGCUACCUAUCCAUCGGUGGACUGCUUGUGUCUGUCGUCGAUCUGGUAGCCGGAAGGAAGGCUCUUCCAGCCGCGGCCGCCACACCCGUCACUUUGUGCCGCCACCACCACACUAGAUAAGACACUGUUAAAACACACACACACACACACACACACACACACACACACACACACACAAAUAUGCCUCCCGCCCUCACAUUUUUUUUUUCAUUUUUUCCUAAAAAUAGCCUUAAGUGUUCUAAAUGGUUUUGUCAUCGGCGUAUCUGCAAUGGUUGAUGUACAUGUUGCAGACACAGGUUCUGUGCGAAAUUCAGACGUGAAUGAAAGUGGCCCCUGGUCUCCGCGAAAGUAGCGAGAGAAUUCUCCCUAUGACUGUCGUGGUGGGACUUCCACAUCCACAAGGGAGAAUGUUUCCCAGGUAUGUGAAGGGACGACCAUUAAGGUUCUCCUUCCGAAAGCAACUUCUUUUUUUAUGAUCAUUAUUUUCCACCCUUUCCCAACUCUUGUCUUGGGAUGACCUGUUGAAAGUGUUUAUAAGUUGUCGUUUGAUCCCAGUCUUCUGUCUGUCUGUCUGUCUAUCAACCGUUCUGUCUCUUGAUGUCUUUCAUUAUCUCACGUCUCUACGCCUCAUUUCCACUCUGUGUCAUGUUUGUAUAUCGCAUUUGCUGCCCUGUUUGUCUUAAUGAUUUACGAUUACGAUUUUUGUAGUAAUUAAGAUUCUGUUGUAAAUUGUCUUGUACAGAAUGUACAGCUCUCCAGUGUUCUUCCUAUAGACCAAAAGAGGAGGUGGUUCUUAUUCUUCAGACGUUGCCCAACCCACUUCCGCCAGCAUGAAUAACCGAUAAGCUUAAAUGUAGAGCGGCACUUACUUAAAAGUGAAACUGUAAUAAAGUGUUAGUAGUGAU